AUUUAAAAAUUUAAAAAUAUAUUAAAAAACCCACUCUCUAACACCCCCUUAAAAAGAUAUAGAAAAUUAAUAGUAGAAUUUUUUAUAAAAAUAUUAUUAUAAUAAUUUUCAUUAUGGGCCACACAUCCACACACACUUUUUUUAUUAUUUUUACUUAACACCCGCUCAUUAAAUAAUAAAAACAUAAAGUGUUUUUUUUCUGUAUUAUUUUUUUUAAAAUACAGGUAUCAUAACUUUUUAUAUUUAGUUUUAUUUUUUUUUUCCCAAUUGUAAUAAUAUAUUUAUUUAAAUCCUACAUACAGAAAAGAAAAUAAAAAUGGAGACAAUGAUUAAAAGUUAUAUUAAAAAAGGCAAGGAUGCAGUAUUAAAUACACCAGAAAUUGAAAGAAAGGUUAGAGAUGCAACAUCAAAUGAUAAAUGGGGUCCAUCAGGCACUCAAAUGUUAGAGAUUUCAAGAGCUUCAUAUAAUUAUGAAUGUUUCCCAAUAAUCAUGGGCGUAAUUUGGAAGAGAAUCAACGAUCCAGGUAAAUAUUGGAGACAUGUUUACAAAUCCCUUCUUCUUAUCGAUUAUUUAGUUAGAAAUGGUUCACCACAAGUAAUUAGAGAUUGUAGACAUCACACUAUGGAGAUUAAAACUUUAGUUGAGUUCCAAUAUAUUGAAGAGGAGAAAGAUGUUGGUUUAAGUGUUCGUGAAAGAGCAAAACAAGUUAUUGAUUUAUUACAAGAUGAUCAAAGAAUUAAAGAGGAAAGAGAAAAGGCUAAAAGUAAUCAAAAUAAAUAUGUUGGUAUUGGUAAUGAUAGUAGAGACUUUGGUUAUGGUGGUGGUGGUGGCGGUGGUUACGGAUAUGAUUCUGAUCCAUAUAGCCGUGGUGACUCAUAUGGCGGUAAUAGAGAUUCAUAUGGUGGUGGUGGUGGUAAUAGAGAUCAAUCAUAUGGCGGUAAUAGAGAUCAAUCAUAUGGUGGUAACAGAGACUCAUACGGUGGAAACAGAGAUCAAUCAUAUGCCAGAAGAGGUUCAUUCAAUGGUAGAGACGAUUCAUAUGGUAACAAUAGAGAUCAAUCAUAUAGUGGUAGAGAUGAUUAUGGCAGUAGCAGAGAUACAUAUGGUGGUCACCAAGAUUCAUCAUAUGGUGAUUUCGAUAAUGGUGGUGGUUAUGGCAAUGGAAAUAAUAGACAACAAGAACAAGAAUAUCAACAAACUAAUAAUAAUAUAAAUCAAAAUACAUCAUCAAGAGGUAGACCAAGAGCUGCCAGUGGUGGUAAUUUAGGACCAUCCCCAGUUACACCAGAUUUCCAAUCACAACAAUCGAACCAACAAAAUCAUCAGCAACCAAGUUUAAUCGAUUUUUCAGAACCAGCUCCAGCUAAUAAAAAUAUGGUAUUCGAUCCAUUAGCAGAACUUGGUAAUGGAAUGAACAGUAAUAAUAAUAAUAAUAGUAAUAAUAAUAAUAAUGGUGGAUUCCAAGGUAGCAGUAACAAUAAUGCUAAUCUUGUUGGAUUAGGAUUUAACUUUAACCAACAACCAACUCAACAACAAAGCACAUUCCUUCAACUUACAUCUUCAAACCCACAACAACAGCAACAACAACAACAACAACAACAACAAAAUGGAGGAUUCUUUAAUAAUCAACCACAACAAGCUCAACAAUUUGGACAAUUCCAAAGUUCAAAUAAUAAAGAUCCAUUUGCUAAAGACGAAUUUGGCGAUUUUGCAACAGCCAGCAAUAGCAAUAAUAAUAAUGCUGAUUUUAACCCAUUCGAACAACCAUCAGGUGAUUUCAGCCAACAACAACAAAAACCAAAAGACAGUGAUCCAUGGAGCAAAAAAGAUUUAUUUGAUUUAUCAAAUCUUGGAACUGGUAAUUCAAAUCAAUCACCAAUUAAUAAUAAUGUCAAUAGUUCAGGUAAAUCUCGUUCACAACCAGCUCGUUCAGUUAAUGGACCAAUUACAUCAGCAGGUUCAACUAUUCCAACCAUGAGACCAAUGCAAAAUAACAAUAAUAUGGCUAUGAACCAAGGUGGCAUGCAAGGUAAUAUGGGCAUGAACCAAGGUGGCAUGGGCAUGAAUCAAGGUAUGAUGAACCAAGGUGGAAUGGGCAUGAACCAAAUGGGAAUGAACCAAGGUGGCAUGAACCAAAUGGGUAUGAACCAAGGUAAUAUGGGCAUGAACCAAGGUAAUAUGGGAAUGAACCAAGGUAAUAUGGGCAUGAACCAAGGUAAUAUGGGCAUGAACCAAGGUGGUAUGGGUAUGAAUCAAAUGGGAAUGAACCAAGGUGGUAUGGGCAUGAACCAAGGUGGCAUGCAAAAUAAUAUGAACAGAGGAGGUUGGUAAAAAACUAUCGAUUUAUAAUAUAAAAAAAAAAAACCUAAUAAUAAUAAACAAUAAAAUAUUUAUCAUCAUAAUUAAAAAAAUAAAAUCUUUUUAAGAAAACAAAGAGUAUAUUUAAC